GAAUCCUUUGUUUUCUUGCGAUUGAAUUGUUCACGUCCUUAUUUACCGAAUUCCUAGUGACAAACACCCGUAAAGUCCAUUCUCUUACUGCUUGACGCUUGUUGAAGACGAGGUACUCUUUGAAUCCGCGAGCAACGCCUGGUCGAGUCCGAAGAUGGCGAAGCGCAUGGCGACACCUAUCAACCCUUACAGCUCGUUGAAGCUAUUGCAGUCAUUGUCCAAAUAUUCCUCCAUAUGUCGGAGUCGCUCAAUAUGUACUUCUAAAUACUCGACUUCAAGAAGCAUCGCCCAAACCACCCCAUCCCGACGAUUGCUCUUCACUUCUUCAACAAAUCUUCAAAAUGCACCCGACGGAACCCAAUCCAAUCUCACGGACGACAAUCAUGCAAGUGACGCUGCGCAGAGAGGAUUGGCACCCGAAGACGAGACCGACAGCCCUAUAUCAAAAAUUUCGAUUGAAAAAUACCCCGUUAGGUCACCCGGCACCCGGUCUUAUUAUGAACUUAGCGAAAGACAUACCAAGCCCGACCUUGUACGCACGGCCAUGCAAAGCAUUCCACACCCUGUCGUGAUAGUGACAGCCUAUCGGGACAAUCUCCUCGCCGUCAAAGACAAGAAGAUCCCUCUGGAAUCAGCGCAGCGGCGCUUCGCCGGCAUGACCGUAUCGUCCUUCUCGACGGUCACCUUAGACCCGGUGCCGAUCGUCACCUUCAACAUCCGCAAGCCAUCGUUGACGCUCGAGUCCAUCGUUCGAGGCCACCUGAACCGCAACUCCUUCUUCGUCCACCUCCUCUCCCACAACCACCUCGCCCACGACCUGGCGACGGAAUUCACGAAAGGAAACGGCGAGGGCAAAUGGAUGUCGGUGCGUGGGAAGUAUCCCGUCACCGUCACCCCGAAAUUCCCGUUGGUCCUUCAGAACGACCAGGCGAUACCGGCCAUUUUCGAAUGCCAGCUGCUGCCGGCCAAGUGCAUGGAAAUCCAUGACCAUAUGAUCGUCGUUGCGCAAGUGUCGAACGUGAUAGUGCCGCCUCACCGGGUGACUGGGAAUGAGAUCAACUCCUUUAAGGGGAUAAUGUAUGCUCGCAAAGCAUUCCGGGAGUGGGCGGAUAUAGAUCGGGGCGAGAUUAUACGGAAAUAUACAGUUAAAUCACGGAGGGGCUCGGAAGAUCCGACUCUAGCGGCAGAGGAGCAAAGCAGCCAAACUCCUGUUCGAAUAUUAGGUACAUAGUUGUGCGGAAAGUGGAUUGCCACUGAUAUCCAUCCGAACGUCCUGCCUGGCCUUUCCGUGACAGAACUUCCCGUGAUCAGGUCGAUUGUCCACCAGCGGACUCUUCCACCUUCGCCUCGAGUAAUUUCCGAGCCUCUUCAAGCAAUUCAUUCUGCUUGGCUUUCCCAACAUCCGAAGCCCGCGCAUUGAGGACGCCGAUAUCGAAACGACCCAUUCCACCGUUUGUAACCCCCUCUUCGGUCUCGGUCUUUGCCGCAUCGCCCAACAGAGUCCCCGAGUCCUCGAGCUCUUGCGCUUCCGUCUGCAAUCGCUCACUGA